GUCAUCACAAGUCAUAGUGCUAUCGACGAGAUAUGAUGAUGAGAUAUCCAACAAAUCUUGCAACACCAAGGCCUCUAAUGUUUACUCAUUUCCCAAGUGACCAAUGACGCGCAUAGCCCUAUUUCACUCAUGUAUCUAUAACCUCACAUUGGUUACUGAACACCGAGUCACUUCAAAAUGCAUGCUAUAGGUCUACCUCUCCUCAUGACGGCCUAUGUCGUCGCAGACACGCUCAUAUCCAACGAGACAUACAAUCCCCCAAAUAUCCCCCCUCAUUGGCCUCCCAACAAGCCUCCUCCACCACCGUCGCAAGAACACGUCGCGAUAGCAGUAGAGACGCUCCAUCAUCGACGAGGACAUACAACUUCUCUCACCAAUCAAACCAUCGAAGUGCCCGUCGGGCCAGUCUACAGAAACGGUUCAGCGCUGGGCAGAGUAUCCACGUUAUACCUCCUCGACAACACGGCAGUCACGUGUAUCCCCUACCUAUCGGAGAAGCCGACCGGACCCCACGGCAAUCCAUUCACAGUCGGCCACCCGGCAGUGUUGUCCGAGGACACGCCUGUCACGGUUGGUAAUAUUUUAUGCACGCAUGCGGGUCAGUAGGUACCUAGGGC